AUGCUAGUUGGAGUGACCCUAUUUGCCACGUUCUCGGAACAACGUCUCUAUUCUAGUUUGUUUCACUUAGCUAUCAUGAAUUUUCUGAAAACGGUGCUGUUGAAAGAAUUUGAAAAAUUACAUGUGCUUUUCGAUAAAGUGCUUUAUCGGAUGGAUUAUCACGACUUUCAAGCUCAUGUUUACGACAACUUUGAGAGUGGAAUGCAUUUGUUGAAAAAACUUUGGAAAGUCAACUCAGCGAACAAUUUGAAUGCUUUCAAGAACUGGUGUGCGACACAUCCACCAAACGAUUUGACUAGAAAAAUGCUCGAUCGAAUCGCCGGUGGGACGUCCAUACUCGAGUCGUUGAUGGUGGGCACAAAUUACAAUGAAAAUAUUUUUACGAAAGUCGAAGGAUGGUUGGAAAACCUACUGCAAUCGCUGGCUAUUCUAAGCGGAUCUUGCGAAAAACUUUACUCGACCGACUCGGAGACGGCAAUUCAAGAUGAAUUUGCGGAAAUAUUACGCAAGAUUCUUUUCGAAAUGACUGAAAGUAAAACAAGGUUGUUCAGAAAAUGGCCAGAAUCGGUGAAAGAUUUAGUUGAAAAGGCAAUCGACGCAAAUCGGAACAACAAUGAUAAACUUGUACUUGAAAUCUUCAAUCAACUAAAACAAAAGUUUGUCGGUUUCUUUUAUGUGGCCGUUCGUGACAGCAGAACGGCCACUAUUGGUUGUGAUUCGAAAAAACAUUUAAAUUUCGGAGCAAUUUAUAAAGAAAAGGGCUAUAUAAUUGCGAGAAGCACUUGCCAAAAGCCACUCACAGAUCCGCCGACUCCGUUUUCCAAUUUUUCCCUUCCUCUAACAACGGAAAACAUUGUUGAGUAUUUCAUGCCGAAAUAUUGCAAUACAAGCUCAAUGAUCUAUGCAGCAGAAAGGGAAUCAUUUGGAGGAUACUCAUAUUUCAGAGAUACUUACGAUUCUUGUGCAAUUUAUGGUAGAAUAGUGAGACAAGGACAUCUUGUAAUUGAUUAUACUAUUGUGCCCGAG